AUGGAUAGUCCUUAACCCAGAGAUGGAGGCACAAUGAUGACCAAUAAAUUCGAUCGAUCAGUCUUGAGUAAUACUGCUCGAUCUAAGAGCUAUUUCGGUAAUAGCUACACUGAAAAGAACCCAAUGAAUACCUCCACUGCUAAGCAGAUGUUUUCUUUUUCAAAGGACAGAAGGUUUCAACAUUAUAGGUAAAGACUAAAAUAGGAAUCAGGAGCUGGAAAAGCUUUUGGCUACACUUAAAGAUUCAAGUAUUAUCCAUCUCAAAUAAAGCAUGGUGAUCUCCCAUCUCCUGCAAGAUAUGACAUCAAAGGAUAAUUUUCACCAUAGAACAAGAGCUAGUCAUUUUCAUUUGGAUUGGCAAGAGAACAAAUGAAUAAGAUGCAUAUUUAAGCAAUAGAAAAGGUUGGCAAAGAUAAGUUACCAGGACCUGGACAAUAUUAGCCACCAAAGACGUUUGGAAAUGAUGGACUUAAAUUUUCAAUGAGACCUUUGACUGUCAUGCUUAAUAAAUAAAAAGAGCUUCCUGGACCAGGAUAGUAUCAGCAGCCAGAUUUAGUAGGGCAUUUGAACUCAACUAAAUUUACAUCUAUAUAAAAAGCUCCAUAAUCCCCAUCAUUCCCAAAAGCUAAGAACAGAUUUGAAACUCCUACAUUUAAAAAUGUAAACCCAGGGCCCGGCAACUACUCACCAAAGAACAACUUGAAUGAGGAUAUAUACUCCCUAUAUAAGUCUUUUGGAAAGACUUUAUUUGGAAAAGAUGAGAGAAAAGCCCUAGAGGAUAAACUUUACUAAAAUGUAGAGUUUCCUGGACCAGGAAACUAUCAGUUACCUACAGAAUUUGGAAAAUAUGAUCCUCCUACCCACCUCACAUUUAGCCCUGGGGAUACCAAAAGAUCUCACACUGCGAAUCUUGAAAGAUGA